AUGUUUGCUGCCAGGUUUGACCCAACAAAGGUCUUUGAUAAUUCUCAAACUAACGAUGAACAAGAGCAGAAAAAUGUUAUGAUUCCAUUGAAGAGAUCAAGAGAUGUAGAGAGUGAAGGUGAAAGUGAAGAUGAAGAUGAAGAUGAAGAUGAAGAAGAGCAGGAGUCCGUGACUAACGAAGCUGAUGAAGUGUCUGAUUCAGAAAGCGAAAAUGAAUCAGAACACGAAGAAACUGUAGCAAACCUAGAGAAUAGCGAUGAUGAUAAUGAUGAUGAUGGGAAACAUACUUUGGUGAUGUCUAGAUUCCAUCAAACUCUUUCACUUCAAGAAAAUAUUCAAAAACAGGCUAAAAAGGAGACUGAUUUACAGAAAGACACUAUUACUGAUGUCCAACCUUCCAUUGAUACCAUUGAUACUGUGGAAACCCACGAAUUAGAUUAUAUUCCUCAACCUGAUAUUGUAAGAGCUGAUAUGACAGUUAAAAGUGCCAUUGAGGAGAGUCAUUCUACUGCAUGGAUAAAUACAAAAAAGGUAUUUUAUGAUAGCACUAUGAUUAAACCAUUCGAUGAAUAUAAAGAUGAAUUGACUCCCAAAUUAUUACAAAAUAUUCAAACAAAUUUUUCAAAGGAUACUUUCCCUAUUCAAACUAUCUUACUUGAUAACAUUUUAAAUGUAUUAAACAGAUCACUGAAAUUGACAAAGAAAAAUUUAACAAGACGUAUAGGUGAUCUAUUAAUUAAUGCAUCAACCGGUUCAGGUAAAACAUUAGCUUACUCAAUUCCAAUCAUUCAAGCUUUAUCAAAUAGAACUGUAAACAGAUUAAGAGUUUUAAUUAUUGUUCCAACAAAAUUAUUAAUCCAACAAGUCUUCGAUACACUCAAUAAAUUAGUAAAAGGUACUGGUAUUAUCAUCACUACAGCUAAGAUGGAUCAAUCCUUAAGGGAAGAAAAUAGAAAAUUACAACAAUCCGAACCUGAUAUUUUUAUUACUACCCCUGGUAGAUUGGUAGAUCAUUUACAAAUGAAAUCCAUUUCAUUAAAGAAUUUAAAAUUUUUAAUCUUAGAUGAAGCAGAUAGAUUAUUAAAUCAAUCUUUUCAAAAUUGGUGUUCCGAAUUGAUGACUACAAUAGAUAAAGAUAAAUUAGAUCAUUUACCAGGUAAUGUAAUCAAGAUGGUGUUUAGUGCUACUUUGUCUACAGAUACACAAAAAUUGCAUGACUUACAUCUCUACAAUCCAAGGUUAUUCUUAACAGAUUCUGUCAAAUUGUACAACUUACCAAAUACUUUGCAAGAAUUCAAUAUCACUAUACCAACUGCAAAGAGCAUGUACAAACCAUUAUUAUUACUACACUUAUUCCCAUUAUUAAGCUCUUCUGCGAAAUUGAUUGUGUUUGUUAAAUCAAAUGAGGCUUCUCUAAGAUUAGCAACUUUGAUUAAUAUUAUCUUACAAAAAAAAAAUAUGAUCGAAAAUAUUUCAGUGAAUUCAUUUAAUUCUAAUAACUCAAGAGCACAAAAUAGAAAAUUAGUUACUGAAUUUUCAGAAACAAAAGCAAAUAACUAUAAUAUUUCUGUGCUUAUUACUACAGAUAUCAUGUCAAGAGGUAUAGAUAUUACUAAUGUGACAGAUAUAGUAAAUUACGAUGUUCCGAUCUCUUCACAACAGUACGUGCAUCGUUGUGGUAGAACUGCAAGAGCUGGGGCCUCUGGUAACGCAUACAAUUACUUAGUAGGUAAGGGUGAAAAGAAGUUUUGGACACAACAUGUCUCAAAUGAUAUCAGCAGAGACAUCGAUGGUCUUAAACCAAUAUCUUGGUCUAAAGCUGAUGAACAAGGAAACUUGGAUGAAGAAGGUGACAUCGAUAUGGAAAAGAAUGAAAAGGCUGAAGACACAGAGUCAAUUGAAAACUAUAACAAAAUCAUGGAUAUCUCUGAUACAGAGGAUUCAAUAUAUAAAGAUGCAUUGAACGAUCUUAAAGAAAUGGCAUUAACAAAAUAG